AUGACACCUAAUACGUCUUCAUCGAUCACUUUAAGGUGGUUUGAUUACACUAUAUUUGCAGGUACUUUAGUUUUAAGUACCUUAAUAGGAAUCUACUACGGAUGCUUUGGAACUAAACAAGGCACCACCAGAGAGUACCUCAUGGGAGGAAAAACCAUGAAAAUCAUUCCCAUAGCGAUAUCAGUAGCAGUCAGUCAUAUUGCUGGAGUCAUGUUACUAGGAACAGCAGCAGAUGUUUUCAGAUACGGAGCUAGCAUUUGGUUAUUUGUCGUUUCGAUAAUAGUAAUGGGUUUUCUAACAAAUUUUCUUUACCUUCCGGUGUUCUUUAAACUGCGUCUGAGAAACAUUUACAACUAUUUGGAGAAAAGAUUUGACAAGAGAACAAGAACGUUGGCAAUUGUGUUUUACGUGAUUUCUGAGAUACUGUUAUUCCCAGUGCAUGCUUAUUCUCCAUCUUUAACAUUUGCCACUGCUAGUGGUUUUAAUGUCAAUCUCGUAGCUUUUAUUUUGUGUGCCAUUUGCGUGUUUUACACUUCUAUUGGUGGUUUCAACACCGUGAUUUGGACGGAUCUUUUACAGUUUACCAUAAUAGUGGCAUCUUUUAUCUGCAUUUACGUAAUAGGUCUUGGGAAAUCAGAGGGGUUCGUAUCCGUAUGGAAUACAGCUGUAGCUGGACAAAGACUACAAGUGUUUAAUUUUGAUAUUGAUCCCACAGUAAGAGACAGCUUCUGGGGAUAUUUAAUAGGUUUUGGAUCCUCUUUUACAGCCUACGUAGCCAUGCGUCAAACCGGUAUUCAAAAAUUUUUAACUUUAGGAAAAUCUACAGAUCUCAAGUGGUCCGUUUUAUGCACUGUAAUUAGUUUAUCAGUGGUCCAGACUUUGUGCGUUUUCGUUGGCUUAGUGGUUUAUGCCAAGUACAAAGACUGUGACCCUCUAACUAGUCACAUGAUCUCAAAACAUGACCAAAUUUUUCCUUACUUUGUCACUGAGAUUGGUGCCAGCGUACCAGGAAUCUCGGGUCUCUUUAUAGCAGCUAUUUGUAGUGGAUCACUAAGCUCAAUGUCCUCAAACUUAAACGCCCUCUCUGGUGUUAUCUACAAAGACAUUGUGUACUUUUUCCUCAAGAAAAAUCUUUCUGACAAAAGUGGUAGUGGUAUUUUAAAAGUGAUAGUUCUUGUCGUUGGAACCUUGUGUACUUGUUUAGUGUUCAUAAUAGGACUGUUGGGAGAAAUAAUUUCGAUUAGUUUGUUAGUGUCAGCGCUAACACAAGGACCUUUGUUGGGGUUGUUUACAUUAGGAAUUCUCUUCCCAAAGGCAAAUUCAAAGGGAGCCUUUUAUGGUAGUCUAGGAGGUCUUAUUGCUGUUGCAUUUCUAGCACUUCCGGCCAAAUAUUACGAAAUGAGAGGUUUCAUAAAAUAUCCUACUAAACCCCUGUCUUUAAGUGGUUGUGCGCUGUUUAACCAAACGUCAACUGAGUCAAAUUUUACAACUUUUACCACCACUGUACUAAAUGAGACUGUUACAUUUCAACCCCCCUCCAUUUUUAAGAUUACGUUUUUCUAUUAUACAUUCUUUGGAGCCAUAAUGACUAUAAUUUUCGGAUUAAUUAUCAGCUACAUGUCAAAGAGUGACUUUUUAGUUGACAGAAAACUGCUAAGUCCGUUGAUAUACAAGUACUUGCCUGAAGAAUGUCGACAGGAAGAGAGGAUAUCAUGCGUUAGCUUACAAGACCCAUCAGAAAUUCAAUAA